ACCCCGAGCCCGAACCGGUUCCGCGUGGCGCGUGUUUGGCCAGCUGUUGUUCUUUUUGCCUCGCUCAAAAUUAAAGUUUUGUUUACCUCGCUUUGACCGAACUGAGAUGUCCACCAACGCAGCGAUAGAUCUGGCCCUGGACCGGGUGGACUGGCGCGACCUGGCCGCGCAGACGGAGGAACAGCCGAGGGUGUAUACGCCGGGCGAAGUGCUGAUGCCGGAGGCGGGAUUCAUGCGUGGCCACGGAACCUUCGUCGAGGACGAGAACAUCAAGUCUUCGGUGGCCGGGGUGAUCCAGAAGGUCAACAAGCUGAUCUCGGUGCGCCCGCUCAAGAGUCGCUAUGUGGGCGAGAUCGGGGACGUGGUGGUGGCCCGCGUCAGCGAGGUGCAACAGAAGCGCUGGCGAGUGGACACCAAUUCCCGGCUCGACUCCAUCCUCCUGCUCUCCUCUGUGAAUCUGCCGGGCGGAGAACUCCGGCGGAGAUCGGCGGAGGACGAGCAGAUGAUGCGACGGUACUUGGACGAGGGCGAUCUCAUCUCCGCCGAAGUCCAGAACAUCUUCGAGGAGGGCUCCCUUUCGCUGUACACGCGCAGCUUGAAGUACGGAAAGCUGUCGCAGGGCAUCCUGGUCAAGGUGUUCCCCGCUCUCGUCAAGCGCCGCAAGAUGCACUUCCACAAUCUGCCCUGCGGCGCCUCCGUGAUCCUGGGCAACAAUGGCUACAUCUGGAUAUCGCCGACCAAGGGCCAGGAGGAGGAGGGCGGCGAGGGAGGAUUCGCCCAGAACCUGAACGAGCAUGUGCCGCGCGGGGAGCGGGAGGUGAUCGCCCGGCUGAGGAACUCCAUCCUCGCGCUGGCCAAGUGCAAGCUGAUGAUCUACGACACCAGCAUCCAGUACGCCUACGAGGAGUCCCUGCGCUACGAGGCCCACGAGCUGCUCCAGCAGAACGCCAUCUACGACAUCGGCCAGCAGACGCAGGCUCGGCUGAGGGACGCGGACGAGUAGAUUGCAUAUAUAUUUUAUACUGAACUAGCUUAAAUAGAGGUUAAUGUAUUUUCCACCGUCAAACGAAAAAUGAACAUUUCAAUGGGUUCGAAAUUGGCGGAUUUCAAUACUGCAUCCGUGGGCUACAAGUUUAAAUACACUGAAAACUAUCGCAAA